AACUUAGCGGCAGUGCCUCGGUCUUCCUUUGCUCAUUUGACAAAAUGAGAACCUGUUAAAGCGUUCCAAGAUUUGUUUCCUGGUGCUGUUAUACUGAGCUAAUAGGUGUUGUGAUUUGAUUUCAAGUGUUUAGGUUUUCAAUAGUUAUUUAAGAACCAGAGUUCUAAAUUUUUAAGCAUGUUUCAGUUGAAUUCUAAGAAAGCCAGCCGCAGAGAAGGCCCCGGAGCGUACCACUUGGCUGUCUCUACAGGGUUCAUCGUCCUCACAUCUCUCAUCGCGUUCUGGUUGCGUAAACUCCUGGACAGAGUGUUUCCAGAGUCAACUCUCACUAAAGUCCUUCUGCUAGAGUUGAUAGCUGCCGGAGAACUAUGUGCUUGCUGCUUUGAACUCAUCAUUGUGGCAGACAACUUUGGCGUCGGAAUGUACGCCAUCUUCUUGUUCCUGUUGACCAUCUGGUGGUCUAUGAACUGGGGAGAUGCCACGGCCUGUCCUUAUACCCAUCUGGAGGAGGUGGUGGAAGGCAACAUAAACGUCCUUAUUGCAGGAGCAAAGAUAUUCGCUGAGAUGGCCGGUGGACUCCUCAUCUUCAAAUAUAUCCAGUUUCUGUGGCAGUUGGAGGUUUCAUCAACACAUAAAGGAAGGGCUUUUGAAAGAUGUUCAGCUGAUCUACAGGUAUCACCGAUAGCAGGCGCAAUAAUUGAGGGUAUUGCAACAUGCCUGUGUAGACUAGCCUCUAGAGCUAUUGGAGAAGUGGGGCCAAAGUACGCUGCCGCUUACGACUCAUUUGUAGGAACCUCGUUGGUUGUUGCUGCAUUUAACUACUCUGGAGGCUACUUCAACCCUGUGCUGGCGAGUGCUCUCAAGUUCGGCUGCAAAGGCCACACUCACUCCGAGCACGUGUUUGUCUACUGGAUUGGAGCUUGCACUGGAGCAAUCUUAUCCGUCUUCCUCUACCACAACUCUAGGAUACAGUCUAUUAUAAACAAAUUUAAAGUUAAAACCGACUGAGACUCAAAAAUUCCAUUUUUUAUACUUAAAUUUUCUUAUCUCUCCCAACAUGCUUUCUACCAAGGUUGCAAAUGUGAUUACUUGACUUGUUAAACAAUAAGCUCAAUCAUCUGUUGGAUUGUUUUACUGUACAUAUUUCAGUAGUACUACAAUCACAAAUGAAAUAAGAGUGCUCUUUUAAUAAUUUAUUUAGUAUUUAAGAUUCUUGUAAAUAUAAGAGUCAAAGAUAGAAGUGAAAUUACAAACUUUUAACAAUGAUUCAAUUAUUUUAACUUAGUCAGAUAAAAAAUACCAUCUGCUUAUACAUCUAGUCCUUCCGUAAACAAUAUUUUACAUUUCUUAAGUAAGUAUUAAUUAUUAAUAUUCAUAGUUAAAAUGACUUACUGUUAAGGUGUACAAGUACAAGUUAUUACAAGUACCUUAUACUGUUUUCACAAAAUUAAUCUUUAUAAAACUUUUUUGAUUGGUUA